UUCCAUAUAAACCCCCCUCCUACUUCCUCUCUGAAAGCAUCACUUCACUCCUCCUGCCAAAAAAAAAAAAAGUUGGGGAGAAAAUGGCGACCCUAAAAGUCCCCAGCUCCGUUCCAUCUCCGCUCGAGGACGCCGAUAGACUCCGAAAAGCCUUCGUCGGAUGGGGAACGGACGAGAAGACUAUCGUAUCGAUCCUAGGGCAUCGUACGGCGUCCCAGCGUAUGGAAAUACGGCGAGUGUACAAGGAGUUGUUCGGCGAGGAGCUGUUCACGUCCUUGGACAAGGAGAUCUCCGGCGAUUUUGAGAGAAUCGUGCUUCUGUGGACCUUUCAUCCCGCAGAAAGGGAUGCAUUUUUGGCGAAUGAGGCAGCAAGGAAGUGGAACCCAAGUAACCGUGUUCUGAUUGAGGUAGCUUGUGCUAGGAGCUCGGGGCAGCUGUUCGCAGCAAGGCAGGCAUACCAUGCUCGCUACAAGAGAUCCCUUGAGGAGGAUGUUGCUGCCCACACCACUGGGGACUUCCGCAAGCUUUUGGUUCCACUUGUUAGUGCCUUCCGCUAUGAGGGUGAAGAGGUUAACAAGACACUUGCGAAGUCAGAGGCCAAAAUAUUGCAUGAAAAGAUUUCUGACAAGGGUUACAACGAUGAAGAGCUUAUCAGGAUUAUUACUACCAGAAGCAAGGCCCAACUGCUUGCAACUUUCAAUCACUACAAUGACCAGUUUGGUCAUCCAAUCAACAAGGAUUUGAAAUCUGAUCCUAAAGAUGAGUAUCUGGCUGCUCUGAGGGCAACAAUUCGCUGUUUCACUUGCCCUGCAAAGUACUUUGAGAAGGUGGUCCGCUUUGCAAUAAACAAGCUAGGAACGGAUGAGUAUGCCCUUACUCGUGUCAUAACCACUCGAGCAGAGGUGGAUCUUCAAGAGAUAAAGGAUGUUUACCAGCAGAGAAAUAGCGUUGCUAUGGAUCAUGCUGUUUCAGGCGAAACUUCUGGAGAUUAUAAGUCCAUGCUUUUGGCUCUUCUUGGUCAUGAGGAAGCUUGAACGUUGUUAUCGUGCUCAUUACCUUCAGAGUUAAUAUCAUUGAGUGGUCGCUUCGUGAAUCAUGUAGUACAUUGUGAAAUGAGAGAAUAAAUAGUUGAGAGUGCAUGUCUUCCCCUGUGGAGUGAAAUUGAGUUUGUUCAUGUUGUUUUAGACUCUCUUUAUCUAGUGUGGACUGUAUUAUAUCAGCAGGCUGGAUCAAAACUUCAUGUAUGUUUGUGUCAUGGGCUUCCUGUCAAAUACCAAAAUGUCUCGGUUGAGUCUGCAUUUCCCUUGACCGUUA